GCUCUCCAGGAAUUUUAGCCACAAUCAGUGACAUGGAAUGCACCGCCACAGUCUCCUAUCUAAUCCGCCAGAAGCUCCUCAUCAACUCCCGCCGCCCAGUCCAUGCGAAACGUAUCAGGUUCGUGGAUUCGAGACCAUGGAGCACGCUGACAUGAACAACAACGACUCUGAUGGCUCGGGGUCUUCCGAUGAGCUUCUGCAACAGUCUUACGCCAGAUCAAAUUCGAAUUUUACCGACACUUUCGACGAUCAAGUCCAAACCCCGGCUACCACGAUCUCCUCUUCUCCCCCAACCGGUCUCCCAUCUUGGGCGAGCUCCACAGCCUCACGUCCUCGUGGCUCCAGCGUCGGAACCCCAGCAGUCCUAGACAAGGUGACCCCGGUCGACGGUUCCCCAGAUGUGAGACCUCAGCGCCCUGCGGGGCCAGCUAGGACACCGUCCAAUACCUACGCCCCCCAGCGCCGCCCACCUCAAUACAUCAGCCUCCAAAAUGACCGCCAGAGAUCCUCCUCGGCAAAACGGAACCCCAGACGGGAUCCCAAUGCCCAGUACCGAGCCCAGGAAAAGGCCUAUGUUCAACGAAUUCGGGCGGAUCCGCAAGCAUGGUACAGCCACUUUGACGAUGCCCAAAAUAUGAGCAUAGUCGGUGAUUCCGACAUGGAGGAACCCUCUCCUUCUUCCGAAGUCCCAUUUGAAGACGAUGCUUACGACCCCGACAUUCAGCUGUUUCUUACGGAUGACAAUCAGCCAACGCUGGAGGAGCUGAAGAAUCCGAAGAACCAGGAAAGACUGGAAUGGCAUUCUAUGUUGGCUUCGGUAUUGAAGGGGGACGUAGUGAAGCAGGAAAAGCAACGACUGAUAGGCUCUACCGAGUCUAAGCGGUCGUCAGCCCAGAAUAACGCAAUAUGGUUGGGAGUCAGGGCCCGCACGUGUGGGCGGAGUAUUGCCAUGCAGCGAAAGUUGAUCGAGGAAGCCCGUGCUGGCCUUGGGCCUAUCAUUGAGGAAAUCAUCAAGUUUGCCAUCAAAGGUGAAACGGAGAUUGGCAAGCCACCCAUCAAGCAAGUGGAGGACAUCGUUGAACAGAUUGAAAGAUGUGAAAUGCUGUACUCCACGCAUAAGGAACUGGAAGCCGCUCAUCCUCGUGUUGCCUCGGAGGAAUUCCGCUCGAGCCGUGAAGCCGUACUAGCUUGGCAUAAUACCACGAUCCUCAUCAACACGGAGCUUGCCAUUUUACAGAAGUGGGUCGGGAAUGAUGAGCUCGACUUUACCAAAACGAAGGCCAAAUCUGCCAAUAGGGAUCUGGCCGACGAGUCGUCUUUCCUCGACAGGAUCAUGAAAGAGGACGGCCUCAAGACACUUCAAGGGAAGCAUAACAUGCUCCAUGGCAUCAGUGAAGUCAUCCAGAAAGCUAAAAAUACUCUGAUCGAAAAUGCAAAUGCUUUCGCUAAACGGCACUUGCCUCCAUACAUUGAGGAACUUCUCACUUUGAUCAACUUCCCCUCGCGUCUCAUCCAGGAAAUCAUUCGUGUCCGGCUAUCUUAUGCGAAAAACAUGAGAGAACCUGCACAGCAAUCUCCCAUUCUGGUCGACCAAAUGAUUUCGCAAUUUCAGAUUUUAAUGAGGGUCGCCGUCGACCUCAAGCAACGCUACCUGGAUAUUGCAAAGCCGGAACCGGGCUGGGACCUGCCCCCUUGCAUUGACGAGAACUUCGAUUCGGUCGUUCUAGAUGCCUUGAAGUAUUACUUCCGACUCCUGAACUGGAAACUGAAUGCGAACAAAAAUACGUUCAAAGAAGCGGAGAUUCUCGAACAGGAUUGGGAGUUCUCCAAUCAUAUCGGCCGUCAGCUUGAGGGCGGAGAUAUCGAAGUGGCCGAACAGUUCAGUGCGUUGACCGCGAAGUCCCUCCAACGCUUGAUGAUCCACUUUGAGCGAGAGCUAGUAAUACGUCAAAAUGAGGACCCAGCCGACAUGGACAAACGCUACAAGAGCGUCUUGGAUUCAACCCGUAUUCGUCAACGAAAACUCUACCGUUUCUCCCGUUUCCUCCGCCAGCUUUUCGAAAAUGCUACAGAGUAUAAUAUCCCGGCCGAUGUUUCCUAUGAGUUUUUCGAAGCGCUCCUGAUAUCAGACCACUUUCUCAUCAAGUCAAAUGCAUCGGCUGGGCAGAAAGGCGUUUACCUCUUUGCGCAUCAUGCGUUGUGGAAUCGUCCUGGCGAUAUUAGAGCUAUUCUUGGAACGUCUUUCCGCGAGGAGGAUGUUCCCAAAGACUCACCUCAUGUGCCGUAUAUCCUAGUAAUUCGUCCGGAGAAGCCCCUGAACUGGGCCGGCAAGGAAAUGCAAGUGGGCCUUUUGGAACAGCCUACGGACCUGCGACUAGGAAAACUGCGUCUUGUCGUUGAGGGCACGCAGCAACGUCUGUCUAAUGCAAGGCAAGAAUUCUCUCAGUUGACUGGUAUGCAACUUGACAUGACUAUCGAGCAACGCGCCAACCUUGGGCGGGUGAAUGUGGAGCUCAACAAAAUCAAGAAGAUCUCUUUCAAACUGUCUAUGACCAUCAUGGAUAGUGUAGCGAUCAUCAGGAAUCAGCUGAAAGAAAGAGGUGUGGAAAACCAUGAUCUCAUCCAGGCAUGCUACGCCUUUGCCACUGAAUUUGGAAAACGCUCGUCCAAUGUUGAUCCAAAUAGGCGUGCAAUGAAUAGUGCCAGGCUCGUGGAGCUGUCACUCGAGUGGGUCUCUUUCAUUUGUGACGAUUGCGAUGCCGCUGAUAGGAAGACAUUCAAAUGGGCGGUGUCGGCGUUAGAGUUUGCAAUGGCGAUAACCUCCAGCAGACAUCUGCUGUCCAUGGAUGAUAUUCAGUUUGCGCUUCUGAGACAGAAGGUGGCCGGAUGCAUGUCGCUCCUUAUAUCUCACUUUGACAUCAUGGGUGCUCGGUCUUCCCGCGCCGCUCAGGCUGAGAAGCAGCGCAUGGAGGAGCGCGCAGGAAGCAGGAAAUUUGGUUCCAGCCGGAUUCUGACAGAUGUAGAGGCAACAAAGCUUGUUCGUGAGCAACGUAUAACCCACCUACAGGAAAUCGAAGACAGGAGAGUGGAAGAAGACGCGAAGCGCCAGGCCUUGGGAAGAGUGCUGGAAGGCUCUAAUGAGGCUGAUAGAUCUCUCGCCGUGUUGUCAUCAUCUGCCACUAAUGUGACUCUUCGGUGGCAACAAGGCCAAUUCAUCGGCGGAGGGACUUUCGGCUCUGUCUACGCGGCCAUCAAUCUGGACAGCAAUUAUCUCAUGGCGGUCAAGGAAAUCCGACUGCAAGAUCCUCAGCUCAUUCCCAAAAUUGCCCAACAAAUUCGUGAUGAGAUGGGCGUCCUCGAGGUCUUGGACCAUCCGAACAUUGUAUCGUACCACGGCAUCGAAGUCCACCGCGACAAGGUCUAUAUCUUCAUGGAGUAUUGCUCGGGCGGGUCUCUUGCAAGUUUGCUUGAGCAUGGCCGUGUUGAGGACGAAACCGUCAUUAUGGUCUAUGCUCUCCAGCUUCUGGAGGGAUUGGCGUAUCUGCACCAGGCUGGUAUAGUCCAUAGAGAUAUUAAGCCUGAAAACAUUCUGCUCGAUCACAACGGCAUCAUCAAAUAUGUCGACUUUGGUGCAGCCAAAAUUAUCGCUCGCCAAGGCAGGACUGUUGUUCCUAUGGAUUCUUUGGCCUCGGGGGGUCACAAGGAACCCAUAGUGCCGAAAGAAGCACAGAUUGCAAACCAGCGAGGCAAGAAUCAGAAAACUAUGACCGGGACACCAAUGUACAUGUCACCCGAAGUGAUUCGCGGCGACUCUAAUAAGCUGAUUCACCGCCAAGGAUCCGUGGACAUUUGGUCCUUGGGAUGUGUCAUCUUGGAGAUGGCGACUGGUCGUAGGCCCUGGUCGGCCCUGGAUAACGAGUGGGCCAUUAUGUAUAAUAUUGCCCAAGGAAAUCAGCCCCAGUUACCUGCCCGCGACCAACUUAGCGAUUUAGGUAUCGACUUCGUCCGCCGGUGCUUCGAAUGCGAUCCUCUGAAGAGACCAACUGCAGCAGAACUGCUCCAGCAUGAAUGGAUAGUCUCAAUCAGACAACAGGUCGUGCUCGAACCACCAACCCCUAGCAGCGAUCACAGCGGCAGCAUCAGUUCCAAUUCGAGCCGUCAGAAUUCCUAUCUGUGAUUUUCCAUUCCUCACCCGUUGCCUUCAAUUACGUGCACCAAUUACGUGUAUAUCUUCUCACCAUUAUUCAUUUCUUAAACCAUCUUCUACUCAUGCUUCUUUCCUGCUACAUUCUCUUUUUUCUUCUCGAAAGUGCCGCAUAUGUUCACCACCUUGUCUCUCACCACAUCAACAAACUUCGCUUGAUACCCCUUAUACAAUGACUAAAGCAUGUUCUACCUGUCAACCACUUUACGUGUGGUGUAUUCUUUCUUUCUUAUUUAGCGCUGCUUUCUGUUACUUAGGUCUCAGGUAUGGUGUUAUAGGUCUGUCAUACGAUACUCUACAAACACGAAGGAGCUCGAGUGAUUUGUUAUCUAUGAGUUGUGAUAUUCAUGUCCUAUCAAUGAACUUUUGUUCUAUGCUA